GAUGGCCAUCAACCCGCCGGUAAGACGUAUCUCCUUUCUUCUUCCUUCCUAGUUCGUAUUGAUAGCAUCAAACUAAAUUUCUCUCCAUAUAUCAAAGCCGUAAAGGCGCGUCCUUUGACAAAAUUUCUUCGCUUUCUUUUUCUCCAUAGGAAGAAUUGUAAAUGCCCCCAGUACAGUUUCGAUAUCUGGCCUCGUUUCAUGCACUGCACUCCAUCUAUUAGAUGAAAUGCCAUAACGAAUUACUGAUGCCAUUAUUAGUUCUUUGCAAUCCAGCGUUUGUUGAAAUGCUAAACUUCUAGAAUUACAGUUUGUCAACAAGUUCUCGUAAGCAGCAAUGUUGGGUCGUCGUGUUAGAAACGUCAUGAACUUGCUUGAGCUGGUUAUGCAGAAUUUUUGUGAAGUUUGUAAUAGUGAUUUAAGGUAUAGCUGUGCUUUGUAUUCUACUGGAUCAACUAAUUAUACGGAGCUUCCAAGAAAGCUUAAGAAAUCUGAAAGGAAGCCAUGGGUGACAAGCGUUAAUGAACUCAAGCGGAAAGCUAGAUUGUUGAAGAAAGAUAAGCAGUUGGCGCGUGAAAGGAUUUUGAGGCCACCUGAAAAUGGAUUGUUGGUCAAGGAAUUAAUUCCAGUUGCUCAUGAAGUCUAUGCUGCUAGAGCUAAACUUAUCUCUUGUGUUUCAAGGGUUGUUCAAAGCAUUACUUUAUACUCAUGCAGUGUAUGUGGAGAAGUUCAUGUUGGUGGUCCACCGCAUAAGAUCAGGACAUGCAACAUGAUCGGUAGCCUGGCAAACAAAGAACAUAGUUGGAGAAUUGGGGGCAUGGAAAAUGUUUUUCCACUUGUUGAAUCUUUUCAUCUAUAUGAUAGGCUAGGAAGAGCUGUUUCUCAUAACGAGCAGCUCUUAGUGGAUCGAAUUCCAGCAAUUGUGGAACUGUGCAUACAAGGGGGCGUUGAUAUACCAGAGUAUCCAACAAGGAGAAGGACCUUCCCUGCUUAUAGCAUUGCAGGCAAGAUUAUAGACUUUGAGCGUAGGUUCCCCAAAGAAGAAGAUGCACCUGGGAAAGACAUAACAACUGGUGGAUUUUGGGAAAGAAGAAAGAAUUUGGGUGAAAAUGAGGAAUCUACAGAUCUCAAUUCUAAUGAUUUAAAAGGUAUUGCUAUUCAAGGCAUGGAGGCAUGGAAGAAAAUGCAGUCCGGAGCCACAAAACUUAUGCAGAAGUAUGCAGUCCAUACUUGUGGAUACUGUCCAGAGGUCCAAGUGGGGCCUAGGGGUCAUAGGGUAAGGAACUGCCAAGCUUACAAGCACCAAAUGAGGGACGGCCAACAUGCAUGGCAAGAGGCAACAGUUGAUGAUUUAGUUCCACCAGUGUAUGUAUGGCAUGUUCGAGACAAGCAGAGUGGUGAACCACUAGUAAACAAUUUGAAGAGAUACUAUGGCAUGUUGCCUGCAGUUGUCGAACUUUUUGCACAGUCUGGAGUUCAUGUAGGUGAUGAUUAUGCUGGUUUGAUGAGAGAAGAUGUUGCAGUUCCUGAUGUUGAUGAAGAGAAGUGGGUGGUCUGAAGGAUUGCAUUGAAGAUAUGGUUGGAAAAGAUGACAGAUAAACGCAAUGAGUAUUCCAUAGAUAAUGCAACUAGUAGCAGUAAUGCACAGGCUGUUCAAAUGACCUGUUGUCCUGUCCAGCACAGAUCGUUAACCGAAAAAAUUCAGCCAUUGAGAAAUCAAGAUCAACAUUUCUUGGCUGGUCUGAUCUAACUGGGUUAACCCUUUGCUGAGCUGACUGACUUGAGCAUCAAUCUUCGCUCGGUUUGUAUGUAGAAACUCUGAGAAAAGAAUUAAUGGUGCCAAAUUACAUUAGCUCAUAAAAAGUAAUUAUUCCACAUGUUAUAACAUCAACACAAGUUCAAUAAAAGAUUUUAGUUUUUGAUUUCUGGAA